AUGGCUUCGACGAUGCUAGGCGCCUGUCUCCGGCAGUCUGUAACUCCUGCUGCCCUCCGAUCAUAUCUAGCAGAGUUCAUCUCCACAUUCCUCUUUAUCUUCGCUUCUGUCGGUUCCUCCAUGUCUUCCCGCAAGCUAAUGCCGGAUGCGUCGUCCUCUCCCUCUGCUCUGGUGGCCAUCGCCGUUGCUAAUGCAUUUGCACUAUCGUCAACAGUUUACAUCUCUGCUAACAUCUCAGGGGGCCACGUGAAUCCCGCUGUGACCUUUGGGAUGGCCGUUUGCGGGCGCAUCAGCGUCUUGACAGCCAUGUUCUACUGGGUUGCACAGUUGCUGGCUUCCACCAUGGCAUGUCUGCUCCUGAGGGUGGCUACCGCCGGACAAGCGAUUCCGAACCAUGCGAUAGCGGAGGAGAUGACCGGUUUCGGAGGAGCUGUGGUGGAGAGUGUGAUAACGUUUGCUUUGGUAUACACGGUCUACGCUGCCGGAGACCCGAGGAGAGGUUCUUUUGGUGUCAUCGGCCCCGUUGCGAUCGGGUUAGUUGUGGGAGCCAAUGUUUUGGCCGCGGGACCGUUCACGGGUGGAUCCAUGAACCCGGUGUGUUCAUUCGGGUCAGCUCUCAUUAGUGGGAAUUUCAAGAACCAAGGGGUUUAUUGGGUCGGACCCUUGAUCGGGGCAGCGAUUGCUGGCCUUGUCUAUGACAAUGUGAUGUUCCCUCCUCAGCUUCCUUCGGAUUCAUCUCAUGGUGUGGUGGAGGUAGUUGUGGGGUAUAACUAG